ACAUAUAUGGAUAUCAUUCUCUCUCUCUCUCUCUCUCUCUCUCUCUCUCUAUAACUUGUAUAAGACUCAGAGCUACUCACUCUCACAAUGUUGUUGUGUGAAACACACCAACACCACAAGUGGUUUUAGAAAGUGGACUGAAAGUCAGUGAGUGUUCUUUGAUCUUGAGAGUUAGAGUUUGCUUUUUGUGUUUGGUGUUUGAAUUUUAGGGUUUAAAAAAAUGUGGAGGCUCGUUCGAUCUGCGGCGACGAAUCUCCGCCGGUUCUCGACGGCCAUCCCUGGUCCCUGCAUAGUUCACAAGCGCGGUACUGAUAUUCUUCAUGAUCCGUGGUUCAAUAAGGAUACUGGCUUCCCUUUAACGGAAAGAGAUAGACUUGGGCUCCGUGGUCUCCUCCCUCCUCGUGUGAUAUCAUUUGAGCAGCAAUACGAUCGUUUUAUGGAGUCGUAUCGAUCGCUUGAAAAAAAUACUCAAGGCCAACAAGAAGGUGUUGUGUCAUUAGCAAAAUGGAGGAUCUUGAAUAGACUGCAUGACAGGAAUGAGACGUUAUACUACCGAGUCCUUAUUGAUAACAUCGAAGAUUUUGCUCCAAUAAUAUACACUCCUACAGUAGGAUUGGUAUGUCAAAACUAUUCAGGGUUGUUUAGACGUCCGCGGGGAAUGUAUUUCAGUGCAAAAGAUAAAGGAGAGAUGAUGUCCAUGAUCUAUAACUGGCCUGCUCAUGAGGUCGAUAUGAUUGUCCUGACAGAUGGCAGUCGUAUUCUUGGCCUUGGUGAUCUUGGAGUCCAGGGAAUUGGAAUACCCAUUGGAAAACUUGAUGUGUAUGUUGCUGCUGCUGGUAUCAACCCACAAAGAAUACUCCCGGUUAUGCUUGAUGUUGGUACCAACAAUCAAAAUCUUCUUGAAGAUCGUCUUUAUUUAGGACUACGACAACCUCGGUUGGAAGGAGAAGAGUAUCUAUCAAUUAUUGAUGAAUUUAUGGAGGCGGUUCAUGCACGUUGGCCCAAGGCGAUCGUGCAGUUCGAGGAUUUCCAAAUGAAGUGGGCUUUUGAGACACUGCAACGGUAUCGUAAAAGGUUUUGCAUGUUCAAUGAUGACAUACAGGGAACUGCUGGUGUUGCACUGGCAGGACUGCUUGGGACUGUAAGGGCACAAGGUCGGCCAUUGACUGACUUUGUGAACCAAAAGAUAGUUGUAGUUGGAGCUGGAAGUGCAGGGCUUGGCGUUCUUGGCAUGGCUGUGCAGGCUGUUUCAAGAAUGGCAGGAGCAGCAGCAAAUCCUCAGUUUUUCCUACUUGAUAAAGAUGGUCUCAUCACAAAGGCAAGGAAGAAUAUUGAUCCAGCAGCUGCACCAUUUGCUAAAGCCCCUGGAGAGAUUGAGGGAUUGGGACUUAGAGAGGGAGCAAAUCUUGUUGAUGUGGUUAAGAAGGUCAAGCCUCAUGUGCUACUUGGUUUGUCUGGAGUUGGUGGUAUCUUCAAUGAGGAGGUGCUUAAGGCCAUGCGAGAGUCGGAUUCUACUAAACCUGCCAUUUUUGCUAUGUCAAAUCCAACAUUGAAUGCUGAAUGCACUGCUGUUGAUGCUUUCAAGCAUGCUGGAGAACAUAUAGUUUUUGCAAGUGGGAGCCCUUUUAAACAUGUUGACCUUGGUAUUGUUUCUUUCUCUUGAUGAUAACUUAUUAUGAAGUGUUUGGGCAAAGUGGGCCACGUAAAUCAAGCAAAUAAUAUGUAUCUGUUUCCCUGGGUUGGGUUGGGAGCUCUUCUCUCAGGUUCUCAUUUUAUUUCAGAUGGAAUGUUGCUAGCAGCUGCUGAAUGCCUUGCUUCAUAUAUUACAGAUGAAGAAAUUCAGCAGGGUAUUUUGUAUCCACCUACUAGAAGCAUUCGGCAUAUAACGGCAGAGGUUGGAGCUGCUGUUGUUCAAGCAGCUGUUGCUGAAGAACUGGCAGAAGGACACGGUGAUGUGGGAGCCCGAGAGCUCACGCAGAUGUCAAAAGAGGAAAUUGUGGAAUAUGUCACACACAACAUGUGGUAUCCUGUUUACAGCCCUCUUGUUCAUGAGAAAUAGAGUUCCCAUCAUCUCUCUCUCUCCCUCUCCACGAUAGAUUUUUUUCUGCAGACUUUGUCUCGAUGUUCUGCAGCCAUUCAUAUGUUCAUGGUCAGUUAUUAUUAUGUAACUGUAAUUUCCCGAGCCCAGAACAAUAACGGACGAAAUGGCAGAACUGGAGAAAGGAGGUCAGGAGUGAAGAAUGACCCCCCUGCAGUUGUUUGUAAAGCCCUUUUGGCUAAGUAAGAUGCUGGUCAUGGAUUGUUAAUCUUAUUGCAUUUUUUUAGUUUUUUCAAAAUAUUGUAAUUUGAUCAGUCAUCGAUGAUUUCGGCCUCCUUUAUUGGAA